CGCCUAUUGAGAAUUAUAAUUCUCGACCAAUCAAGAUAAGAGGAAUUUUGUUGCCCAUAAAGCGCUACUAAAAUUUGUUCUAAUAUACAUCUGCAGUUUGAUUCCCGAUCGUGAGUGGUACGAUUAUUGUAUGUAUAUACAUAUCCACAUAAUAUAUACGUAAAUUUAUAAAGACUGACAUAUAUUCUAUCAAUUAUACUGAAAAAUAUAUACUUCUGAUACGGGAGUACAAGAACUUAAAGUUCACUUUUUAACACAACUUUGUUUUGAGUGAAAUGGAGUCUAGGACUGAAUUUAAAAUAAAAUCACCACCGACAGAUGCGAUUUCUGCAGUAGAAUUUGGACCAAACUCCACACAGUUCCUAUUAGUAUCAUCAUGGGACAGUACAGUAAGAUUGUAUGACAUUCAUGCAAAUACAAUGCGAAUGAAAUACAAUCAUGAUUUACCAGUAUUAGAUGUCGCAUUUCAGGAUGCUGUUCAUGCAUAUAGUGGUGGUCUAGGAAGUACACUGAAAAUGUUUGAUAUAAAUAGUAACACUGAAACAGUAAUGGGUACACAUGAUAAGGCAAUCAGAAAAAUUGAGUUCUGUGCAGCAGUGAAUGCAAUAUUGACUGGUGGUUGGGAUGCUGCAGUAAAAUUGUGGGAUCCACGAUCACCUACAUGUGUGGGCAGUUAUUUGCAACCAGAUGUGAUUCUUGCUCUCUCUGUUUGUGGAGACAAGUUUGUAGUAGGAACUGCAAAACGAAAAGUUUGUAUUUGGGAUUUAAGAAAUAUGGCAGGCAUGUUUCAAAGACGAGAAAGUAGUCUGAAAUAUCAAACACGCUGCAUCAAAGGCUUUCCUAACGAACAGGGCUAUGUAUUGAGUAGCAUAGAAGGUCGAGUUGCUGUUGAAUACCUUGAUACAAUGCCAGAGGCUCAAAAAAAGAAAUAUGCGUUUAAGUGUCAUAGAAUCAAGGAUAAUAAUGUGGAGCAUAUCUAUCCAGUGAAUGCUAUUAGUUUUCAUUCUGCAUACAAUACAUUUGCUACUGGUGGUUCGGACGGCUAUGUUAAUAUUUGGGAUGGUUUUAACAAGAAACGUCUGUGCCAAUUUCACCGGUAUAAUGCUGGCGUAGCUGCACUUAGUUUUAGCCACGAUGGCUCUGUACUCGCGAUAGGUGUAUCAUAUUUGAACGAAGCUGAAAUUCCACCUGGUGGUAAUGAUGAAAGAGAGAUUUAUAUAAGAUAUGUUAACGAUCAGGAAACCAAGCCUAAGUAACAGUACUGACCAUUACAUAAUAAAUUGUGUAAGGAGUCAGUAAUAAAUUAUAUCAAGUCUACUCUUUUUAGCUGGUUUUUUUUUAUUUUUGUCUUUAUGAUCUUUCCCCUCAAUGCAUGACUAUAUACUAAUAUUUCACUUUGAGGGCGUUGGAUAUAACACAGCUAAAGAGAAUAGACAUAACGGAAUAUGGUUAUAAAUUCGCGAUAUCGUACAUCAAAAAAAUUCAUGAAAAACGUAAUUCUGCUCUAUUUCAAAGAGAAACUUAUUCUGUGAAUAACGUUAAUUGUAAAUAAAUACUCUGACUGAAUUAAUUUAUACGCGAAGCAUGAUAAAUAGUAAAUGAUUACUAGGCUAGUAAAUUUUCAAUAAAAUACUUUUUACCGAAAUUUUCUGUCUUUAUUGACUUAAUUGUGACACAAAUACUUUCCU